CAUGCAUACAUAUGUAUACACCUCCAUAUUUAAUUAAAGAGUUGCAUACAUGUCUUCUGUUGCCUCCAAUUCAGUAUUCGUGUUUUGUAUGACGCGUAGAAGUGAAGUGUUUGAUGUUUGGAAGAUAAUUAGAAGUAUUAAUAACCACUUUGAUAACGAAUAAAAUUACUAUAGGUUAGGGUACACAAGCAUCACGUCGCAUCACGAUGUUAAAAGUGUAAUUUCACUGAAUUUUCUGUGGCAUUUAUCGAUGAAAGUAUAAAAAAUGUCUAGCAGCAGUUCUGAAAGUAGUGACGAUAGUCGUCACGAAAAGUCACGGAAAAGACAUAAACACAGACGCGACGAGAGCCCUAACCAAGAUAGACGAACAGGCAGAAAGGAAUCGACCAGCAAGAAUAAAAAUUAUAGAGAUACCAGAGAAGGUAGGGACGUUCACAAAUUUAGCAGAGAAGUAAGAAGAGACAAUAAUGAUAUGCAUCGUGAUAGAUCACAACGUGAACGGGAUAGGGAAUAUAGGGAUAGUCGACAUGAUCAUCCAAGGAGAGACGAUGAACGACAAAAUGGUAAGAGAAGGUAUGAAAGGUCGCCUAUGAGGAGGGAAGAACCUCGCAUGAGGCACAGAGAUUUUGAAGAUAAAGGUAGAAAAUACAGAGAGACAAACGAGUAUAACAAGAGACAUGACGAUACAAACAGAGAAAGAAAAAGUAAUUUUGAGGAAGCAAAAAUGAAGAAAGAACCUUCACCGGAAUGGGGUAAACCCACAAUAAAAACAGAAUCAAAACCAAAGCCUCAAGAAAAAGAUAAACCAAACUUCGAAUUGUCGGGUAAACUCACUGAAGAUACAAAUACUGUAAAUGGUGUAGUCAUUAAAUAUUCUGAACCUGCAGAUGCUAGAAAACCUAAACGGAGAUGGAGGCUAUAUCCCUUCAAGGGAGAAAAAGCAUUACCUACAUUGUAUGUUCACAGACAAUCAGCAUAUCUUAUGGGUAGAGAUCGUAAAAUUGCAGAUAUUCCUUUAGAUCAUCCAUCAUGUUCAAAACAACAUGCUGUUUUGCAAUAUCGUUUGGUAUCUUUCCAAAAAGAGGGAGGUGGUGAAGGGAGAAGAAUUCGCCCAUAUCUCAUAGAUUUAGAAUCCGCGAAUGGUACAUUUGUAAAUAAUGUAAAAUUAGAACCAAGGAGGUAUCACGAACUAUUAGAGAGAGAUGUAUUACGUUUCGGAUUUAGCUCUAGAGAAUACGUCUUGUUACAUGAACACAGCAAAGAUGAUUCUUUAGACGAUGAUGUCCCCCUCAAUACAGCUGUUACAUCUACUACUAAUAUUACUACCACAAUUAGUACUGCAUAGGAUCUAUUUCUUGUAAAAUAUAUUAAAAAAAAUUACAAUAUUAAUAUUUUAAAUACAUUAAGUAUUAAUGUUACCUCUUAGGGUAGAUUAUAAAUUUCUCCCAUAAUAUCUUUUAAAUUAUAUAAUAGGAGAAACGAUUGCAACCCUCAAAUAGAGCAUUAACCACAAUAUACUAUACAGCAAGUUCAGAUUACUGCAGAACAAAAUCUUAUUGUUCAAAAUUUGACAUAUGUGGACAUUAGUGACAAAAUUGAUUGUAAUAAACAUCUUUUGAAAUA